AUGGAGUCCGCCUACGGGAAGACCUCGCUCCGAUCCUUCCAGGUUGGUGCUCUGGCCACAGGGGAGGCGCCCGCUGAUGAUGUCCCAGGGCCCUAUGUCCUGAUUCAUGGAACAGGGAGGCUCGGCUCGACCUCUUCACUGACCAAUCGGCCUCAGGUCCUCUGUGCAAUGCCAGUGACGAUCUGUGACGUCAGCCCUCUGAUGACCGGCAUCAAGGCCGCCGUCUCCUGGUCUCGCUCCAGGGUCACGAUAACUCUGUGGCUGGACAGCUUGUCACGGCUGUCGGCCAACAGUCACUCACUCCCGUGUGCGUUUCCCCCUGCAGCGGACAUGGCUGAACUAUUGCAAAAGAUGUGCAGAUGUCUCUCCUGCCCGGCCUAUCUCGAGCAACCGCUGAGCCUGGAGUGUGGCUGCAGCUUCUGCCACGACUGCGUCCGCUCACUGCCGCAGGAGCCCCACGGGGAGGGCUUGGUCUGCAGCUUCUGCUCCAAGGUCUCCCGGAAGAACCACCUCAGGCCCAAUCGGCAUCUGGGGCAGCUGGUGUCGAAGGUGAAGGAGCUGGAGCCCCAGCUGAGAGCCAUUCUGCAGAUGAAUCCCCGGAUGCGGAGGUUCCGAGUGGACGUGACCUUGGAUGCAGACACGGCCAACAACUUCCUCGUCCUCUCGGAUGACCUUAGGAGUGUCUGGUGCGGGCCCAUCAGGCAGAAUCGGCCAGCGCUCCCUUCGAGGUUCGACUUGUCCAUCUGUGUCCUGGGCACCCCUCGGUUCGUCUCCGGCCGCCACUACUGGGAGGUGGACGUGGGGUCGAGCACAGAGUGGGACCUGGGGGUUUGCAGGGAUUCCGUUUGCCGACAAGGGCGGAUCCAGCUCUCCUCGGAGCAGGGCCUCUGGACUCUGAGUCGGAGGAUCGGAUGCUGUUUCUCUGCCAGCACCCAGCCUCAGACGCCCCUCUGCCCAUACCCCACCGUACGCCGAGUGGGGGUCUUCCUGGACAUGGAUGUGGGGGACGUCUCCUUUUACUGCAUCGAACACGGAGCCCACAUCUUUACCUUCACGGGACUUCCUGCGGGGGAGCCGCUGCGCCCGUUCUUUGCUCCCUCAAUCCCACCCAACAGGGAUCAGGGUGCCCUGAGCAUCUGCCCCGUUGUGCCCCUGGGAGCUGCUGGCCCCUCCGACCGGUGGAGGGAGGACAGAUAAACCCCCACUGCGAAGGAGCGCAGACCGGGAAACCCUUGGCGGUUGGACCACAGAACUUUCUGCUUGGUGCAAAUUUCACCCAAGGUCACAGCAGAAAAGUAUGGAGCUUUUCGUGGCCAUGACUAACGUGAUGCGAUUCGUUAGGGUAUAAUUAGUGACUAUUGUCACCCCCAGCUGGUUGGGUUUUAUGUUUUGUUUGCUAAA